CAUUGAGUUACACUAAUGAGCAGUACUUCACUCCUAGAUACUGUUUAUCUAGUAAUGUGAUGCAUGAUUUGGUGCCAAAAUUAAAAUGCUUAAGGGUGCUAUCUCUAACUCAUUAUGAGAUUGUGGAGUUGCCGGAUUCAAUUGGUGCCUUAAAGCACUUACGCUACCUUGACUUGUCGCGUACUAAAAUCAAAAGGUUGCCUGAAUCUGUGGAUAAACUUCUCAACUUACAGACAUUGAAGUUGCGUGAUUGUUUUGAGCUUAUUGAGUUACCAAGAGGCAUCUGCAAUUUACUCAACUUGCGGCAUCUUGAUAUUAUCGGCACAUUGGAGUUGCAAGAUAUGCCGCCACAUAUCGGUAAUUUGACUAGUCUUUGCACGUUGACUAAGUUUGUGGUGGGGACAAUCAAUGGACGAAUAACAGAGUUGAAGAAACUGAAUCUACAAGGGCAACUUCAUAUUACAAGUUUGAAGAAUGUGUUAGAUAUUGAAGAUGCAGAUUUUGCCAAUUUGAAGGAUAAGCCUGGUAUCACUGAAUUAAACUUGGAUUGGGUUGAUGACGAUGAAUUUUCCUCUGGUUUUGUGAAUUCAAGUGAUGAAGAACAAGUUCUCAACUCAUUACGGCCACAUCAAAGUCUGUCAAGCCUCUCAAUUAGAUCAUUUGGUGGAAAGGAAUUCCCAUCGUGGCUUGGAGAGCCUUCAUUCUCUAGCAUGGUGGAGGUGGAGCUGACCAAUUGUUGUCAAAUCAAAUUAUUGCCACCACUCGGACAAUUGAAGUCACUAAAAAAGUUGAGCAUAGAAGGAUUGAGUGGAGUGAAAGAAGUAGGUGUUGAGUUUUACAACGAUGAUUCAUGCUUUUCUUGUUUGGAGACACUAGAGAUUAGUCAUAUGUAUCAGUGGGAGCUAUGGUCAUGGUCUAAUUGUCUGUGUGAGGAUUCUGUGGCAAAAUUUCCUAAGCUACGUGAGCUUCGAAUAGUAUAUUGUCCCAAGUUGGUUGGAAAAUUGCCAUCUUUCCUUCCUUCCUUGGAAAAAGUUGAUAUUUGUGAUUGCCAGCUGUUAGUUGAUUUGCCAAAAGUACUUCCAUCUCUUCUAACACUCUCUAUCAGUAGAUGUCAAGAGAGUGUGCUCAGGAGUGUGUGUAAUGCCACCUCUCUCACUACCUUAAAAAUUGAAGGUGUGUCAGGGUUGGUGAGAUUGGAUGAAGCCCUUACAAAGACCUUGGGGUCACUCGAAGUUUUGGAGAUUUGGAGUUGUGAUGAGCUGAGAUACUUGUGGGCUGAUGGAACCAAUUUAGACUAUCUUACUAGUCUAAAGCGUUUGGAAAUUGUUGAAUGUAAUCAGCUUGUGUCAUUGGUAAAUGGAGAGGAAGGGCUUUUGCCUUGCAAUCUUGAAGUUUUGGAGGUAUACAAGUGUCCUAAUCUGAAGGAGUUGUCUAGUGGGCUGAGCAACCUUAAGUCUCUCAAUGAUUUGAGAAUCAGCUCAUGUGGAAGUUUAGUCUCCUUCCCAGCAGGGGGUUUGCCACACAACUUGAUACGCCUUAUAAUCGGAAGGUGUGGUUCUUUGGAGUCAUUGCCCGAGGGAAAUGUGGGUCACUGUAAUUACAUUAGCGAGAUGUCUCAUCUAGAGGAAUUGUAUAUCUAUGAAUGUAAAUCUCUCAGGUCCUCUCUGAAUGGCAAGUGUCCUGAUUCCCUUAAGACUCUUAAUAUUCGCAAUUGGACGACACAAUCAUUAAACUCCCUAUAUUAUGGGCUUUCUCAUCUCACAAUAUUACAAAUUUGGAAUUGUCCUCAAUUAGAGUCAUUUCCAGGGAUGGAAUUGCACAUCCCUACUCUUAUCUCUUUACAAAUUUGUGAUUGUGAAAGAUUGAGGUCUCUCUCCAGUCAUAUGCAAAACCUACAGUGCCUCCAAUAUUUACAAAUAUCCACCUGUCAUCAAUUAGAAUUGUUCCCAAAAAUGGGAUUGCCCAACCCAAUGCUUGUCUCUUUUCAGAUUUAUGGGUGCAAAAAUUUGAGGUCUCUACCCAAUCACAUGCAGCACCUCACUUCCCUUAGAUCUCUGAAGGUAUCAUAUUGCAGAGGUAUGGAGUCCUUAACAGAAGGGUGUUUACCUCCAAACCUAUCUGAACUUUCGAUCUAUGAAUGCUUGAAUCUGAAGCAACCAAUGCCAGAAUGGGGACUCCACAGACUCGCUUCUUUUAGAAAAUUGACCAUCCAUGACUCGGGUUCAACUAGAGAUAUGGUUUCCUUUCCAGAUGAUGAUGGCUUACUGCUUCCCACAUCUCUAACUGACCUCAGAAUCUCUAAAUUCAAGAAUCUGAAAUCUAUAUCCAGGGGUAUCCAAAAGCUCAUCUCUCUUCAAGAAUUAGAUAUUCAGUUAUGCCAGGAACUCCAUUCCAUCCCAGAUGAGGGCUUCCCUGCUACACUGGAAGAACUAUCUGUUUCCUGCUGUCCUCUACUGCAAGACCGUUGCUUAAAAGAUAGAGGAGGAGAUUACUGGCCCAUUAUUUCUCAUAUCCCCCGUAUCCGAAUAAAUUAAUUAAGGCUCUGCAGUACCCCAGCAAUCAGACUUCUGUUGUGAGUUGGGACAAACAAGGAAUUUUGUAUCUGCAGCAUUCCAUCAAUCAGCAUAUGAGCCAGCGCUGCUGUCAAAUGUAUACGAUCAAUAUUCAAAUCACAAAAGCAAAGGAAAAGAUCAAUUUUCUUCCAACUGAAAUUCAUUUGUGAUGAUCCAUGUUAUUUCUAACUGUUUGAUCAGGGAAUUUCAGCUUCUUGGAAACAAAUGGAAGAAUCAUCUUCCCUUCCUCCCUGAAUCAGAAUUUCUCAUAUAGCUGCUUCCUUUCAGAGAAAUGGUAGAAAGUGAGCUCAAGACUUCAUCAGAGCAGGGUGGGAUUCAUUGAAAAUGAUAAUAGGAGAAUGCUUCCAAUUUCAUAAUAUUAUCAAAGGGACAUUUGAAGAGUUAUUUAAAAUGAGAUUCAGGCAUAGCCAUCUUGAAAAUCAAGAAAGUAGCUUUUUCCAAUGAUCCUGGCUGUGUUUUAUGAGCAGAUUGUAAUCUUGUAGUCUCAACAAAAGAUCAGUAAUGCAUCCUCAGGUAUGCACGUAUGAAGAGUAGCCUUGCUGUUCUUUAUUUUGUGUUCUCUUUAUUCUAAAAUUUUCAUUCCUUCAUUAAGCUUCCAAACUAGUUUAAGGGACUGAUUAUUGGAGCUUCAUGAUUGGAACAAAUUUCAGUGGAAGAAAUGGUGACAAUGUUGUAAUUCUAAUUUCACUUCUUGCCUAGAAGCUUGAAGUGUUUUUUGUUAAGAUGGUUAUUAUCUUUCACUGUUGCAA